ACCGCGAAACCCAGAGAGCCGCCCAGCCCCGGGGAGCUCCUGAUAGGAGACCCCCGUUUCAGGGCCCACCCGCGGCCGCUGGCCGGUGGGUCCAGCGCCCCAACCCACUGAUUCUCCAACAAAAAACAAUCCGGACAGACGCGGGGCACAGGCCACCCGCCGAGUGUGCGGUCCGAACCUCGCACCCUUGGGAGGGAUUGUGGGGAGCGCCCUAACCAGGCACGCGGCGGGGGAGGAGGGACAGACCCACUCUCCGGACCCCCUCCCUGCGCCGGGUGCUGGGCCCCGGACCGAGGUGCACUGGGAGUCACGUGAUCAAAGGGUUGAGCCCUGUGGCCAGACAAGAGAGGCCCCUGCCUGCGCCUAGCAAGCUCUGCUGUUCUCAUGGGACCAUGAAGCUGAACGAGAGAAGUGUGGCCCACUAUGCACUGAGCAACUCCCCAGCAGACCACACGGGCUUCCUGCGCACUUGGGGGGGGCCAGGGACUCCCCCCACCCACAGUGGCACUGGCCGAAGGUGCUGGUUUGUCCUCAAAGGCAACCUGCUGUUCUCCUUCGAGAGUCGAGAGGCCCGGGCCCCGCUGGGCCUGGUGGUGCUGGAGGGCUGCACGGUGGAGCUGGCCGAGGCUCCUGUGCCCGAGGAGUUUGCCUUCGCCGUCCGCUUCGACGCCCCUGGUGUGCGCCCAUACCUGCUCGCAGCUGAUGGGCCGGCAGCCCAGGAGGCCUGGGUGAAGGCGCUUUCCCGGGCAAGCUUUGGCUACAUGCGCCUAGUGGUGCGUGAGCUGGAGAGCCAGUUGCGUGAUGCCCGCCAGAGCCUAGCCUUGCAUCGCCACUCAUCCAUGAAGGUCGUUACCAGCCGCUGUAAGCCCCAGGCUCCUGACCACUUGCCUUGGGGCCUAGAGAAUGGCCACUGCCUCUCCAGGGAUUGGAGCCCCAUGGGCCUGGUGGAAGAAGGGGGCAGCAGGCCAGCAGGGUGGGGCUUGGCUGAGUGUGAGUUGCAGGGCGCUGCCAGCCUCUUAGGCAGGGGACAGAGCCCCGUGUCCCCUGAGACCUCUUGCUUCUCUACUCUGCACGAUUGGUACGGCCAGGAGAUCCUGGAGCUGAGGCGGAGGUGGCUGCAGAGGACCAAGGAGAGUCAGCCAGAAUGUGAGAAACAGGACAGGCCCUGAGCCUGGGCCCUUAGGGUUCUGCCCUUGUCCUGCUGGUCAGGACAGCAAGGCCAGUGCUUUUUCAGGAGUUUGAUGUUUACUCAUUUCCAAAGUUGCUUUAUUUUCAUGCCAGAUCCUGUCUGAUCUCAGAAGCUAAGCAGGGUCGGGCCUAGUUAGUACUUGGAUGGGAGACCACCUAGGAAGACUGGGUGCUGUAGGCAUAAAAAAACAAACACAAAGUUGCUUUUUUUUAGGGACGCAGUUUUCUCUCCUUCCUGCUUUUUAGGCCCUCUCCAGGUUCCAGAUCCACCCUUGUGCCUGGAGGGGACUGAGGAAUCAUUACUUCUGACCCCUUUAUUUCCCGAGGAGCAAAGAGGAAAGGUGGCUUGCUCAGCAGUCACCAAUGAGGCCCAAGUACCCUGACACUG